AUGCUUUCCGCAGCCUCGGGAGCUCGGGGGAAGUGCGUUUCUCCGAAGAAGGACAUGCCGGUCGCUGCGCGCGGGGAAGAAGAAGAGCGGACGACAGCCACAGAGCUGCUGCCCGCCUCCGCGGCCUCCGCCUCAUCUCCGGUGGCUGGCUGCGGCACCAACGGCGGAGACGCCGCCUCCGCGAGCGAUAAAGACGCCGGCAAACGACCACACGGGGACGAGUGCAGAAACGCUCAGGCCGUGAAAGAAGCCGCGGUCGCGCAGAAGAGCGACGACGCGCAGCCUGAGCCCGCUGCGGCAAAGCCCGCGAAGGGCGACGUCGAGGCGCAGGGAAGAGACGCCCUGGCAGCGGCUGACAAGGCGGAUGCGGGCGCCUCGCCGAAGCGCCUUCUCUCCAACGACGCACCCCCGGUCCUCGUCAUUGUCGGACCCAGCGGGGUCGGAAAGGGCACUCUCGUGAAGAGAAUUUUCUCAACGUGGCCUGAGGCCUUUGGCUUCUCGGUGAGCCACACCUCGCGGCAGCCGCGGCCCGGCGAGUCGUAUGGGAAGGAGUACUUUUUCUGCACUCGCGAGCAAUUUGAGGAGUUGAAGAAUCAGGGGCAGUUCAUCGAGACUGCGGAGUUCUCUGGAAACUACUACGGCACGUCCUUCAACGCCGUUGACAACGUCAGGCGCACCGGACGCAUCUGCGUCCUGGAGAUCGAUAUGGCUGGGGUCAUGCAGCUGCAGCAGACGCCCCUGGCUCGCCAGGCCUACUUUGUGUUCAUCCGGCCGCCUUCUCUGGAGGAGCUCGAGGCUCGCCUCCGAGGUCGCCACACAGAAAAAGAGGAGCAUAUUAGAAAGAGACUGGCGGCAGCGAAAAAGGAACUGGAGCUGUCGACCCAGCUCCACUUUGACUUCUACCUUACUAACGACGACUUGGAGGAAGCGUGGCAAAGCCUGGAGAGCCAGCUCGCCAAGUGGUACGGGUCUGUUUUUGAGGCAGAGGCCGAGAUGGUCGAAAAGAAGAGUAAAACCGAAGAGAGUCAUGCCAAGGGCGGCAAGGCGUAG